CCCCGGCCUGCCCGGCGCAGAAACCGGAAGUGGGAUUGCGGACCUACAAGCCAGGCUGGCAGCAGCUCGGGACUACAACUGUACUCCGAACGCCCUGCCAUCAGAUCUGUGCUGCUGCCUCCCAGGAAAAGUCGUGAGACCAUGUCGAAUAUGGAGAAACACCUAUUUAACUUGAAGUUUGCUGCAAAAGAACUUAAUAGGAAUGCCAAGAAAUGUGAUAAAGAAGAAAAGGCUGAAAAGGCCAAGAUUAAAAAGGCCAUUCAGAAAGGUAAUACAGAAGUUGCAAGAAUACAUGCUGAAAAUGCAAUCCGCCAGAAGAACCAAGCAAUUAAUUUCUUGAGAAUGAGUGCUAGGGUUGAUGCUGUGGCAGCCAGAGUUCAAACUGCAGUAACAAUGGGCAAGGUAACCAAGUCCAUGGCAGGUGUAGUUAAGUCUAUGGAUGUUACGUUGAGAAGUAUGAACCUUGAAAAGAUUUCUGCCCUCAUGGACAAAUUUGAACAGCAAUUUGAAACACUGGAUGUUCAAACACAACAAAUGGAAGACACAAUGAGUAGUACUACAACCCUAACAACACCACAAAACCAAGUGGAUAUGCUGCUUCAGGAAAUGGCAGAUGAAGCUGGCCUUGAUCUCAAUAUGGAACUACCGCAAGGUCAGACCGGUUCUGUUGGCACAAGUGUUACUUCCAUGGAACAGGAUGAACUAUCACAGAGACUUGCUCGUCUACGUGAUCAAGUGUAAUUUAAAGAACUGGUGCUUUUGUUUACUUCACUUCUGAAAUAUUUUGUGUGUAUAUAUAGAUAAGUUUCAUUUCAGUUACACUGAGAACACCAUCUGUUACAGAAUGCUUAAACAUUAUUUGUAUAUAAUGCUUUCUUUUUACCUUGCUAUACUUUCCAAUAAGAAAGUCCAAAGGGUUUCCACCUUGACAGACUUUACAGUUUUGUAUAUUAUGUUGAAAAGUGUGAGACAGUUUUUGUAGAUGUCUUUGAGCUAGCAUUAACUUGUUGUAUAUGAAACAUCUUCCUCAAAAAUUACAUGAAAAAUCUAGCAUCAAAGUACUACAGAAUAAAGUAAUUUAUACAGAAUAAACUAUAAAAUAAAGAUUAUGGUUUCUUUUUAACUCAAAGUAGUUUUACAUCUCUGUCUGCAUUCACAUGUGAUGCAUAAAAAUAAAAGCAGGGAAAACAUGUUUACUUAAUAUGUUUACAUAACUGAAAGUACCUCAUUUAGUGUCAUACAGUGGACAAUGCUACUUUUUGUGUUUUAUGUUUGUUUUUACUAUCCAAACAAAUUCAGUUGACUUUUAAUUUGUGUUCAUCAGCUUUUGAAUUUAGAUUAUUAUGAGAAUUUUUACCCAGUAGCCUAAUGAAUAUUAUUUAAAUUCCUUAAAUUAAAAAUUUUUUCAUUGAUAAAAAAUCAGCAAAAUUAAAGAAAUUAAGAUUUGCUCAUUUAAAAAAAAUUCUCUUUGGUAAAUAUCACUGGUAAGACUCAGAAAUUCAACCUUUCAUACUUUCAAAUGAAAUUGAAACACAUUCUUAAUGAUUCUCCUAUUUCCACUCAACCCUUGUUAGAUUGUGUUUUAAAAGGAGAUUAAUUUGCAUGGCCUUAAUAUCAUUUACAUUUCCCACAUAAUUGUUGAUUGGUUUUCGAGAAUCUUGGCCUGUGUUUUUAAACCAAAAAAAAAAAAUAACAAAGUUGAACCAACUCUAGUUACAACUACAGUUGACCCUUGAACAAUGUGAAGCUUAGGGGUUCUGAGCCCCUUCUGCAGUUGAAAAACCACAUACAAUUUUAUAAUUAUGUUGGCCCUCUAUAUCUGCGGUUCAACAUCCAGAGAUUCAACCAACUGCAGGUUGUGUAGUACUAUAGUAUUGAAAAAAAUCUGUGUAUAAGUGGACCCACACAGUUCAAACUUGUGUUGUUAUGGGGUCAGCUGUACUAUAAGUUCUGGUUGAAUGUGUUCAUUCUUUUAUCUUAAACAACUUGAAUAACUGGAAUAAAUGAAGUGGAAAUAAAAUAAAUGAAAGUUAUGCCCAGUGAUGCAAAUAACUUCCAGCCCAAUGGAGGUUGGUAGCAUAACAUAGGGGGUGGAUGAACAGAAAAGUCAUAAGAUUAUAAAGAACGCUAGACUCUGGAAGGCCAAGAUCCUUGGGGAAAAGCAUAUGAUGACCAGCUGUACUACUUGCCAUCUCCCCAGAAAUACCUGUAUUUUGCCAAACUAAAAUGAACAAAUUAACACAUGCCUGCAAUUUUCUGAUGUAACAGCCUCAGAUAUGGAGAAGUGACCAAGUUAUAUUUUAGACAGUAUACUACUAAUCUAAAUUAAGUAAAUAACGUGAUUUUCCUUACUUAAUGUAUGAUUGAUCCAUGAAAGAAUUCCAGUAUUUCAUGAAAUUCUAUUAAGAGCAAAUGUAUUUUGAUAAUUUUUCCAUUAUAAGUCAUGAAAGCACUCAAAGUGCAAUUAUGGAGGCUCUUUUUUGUUAAGUACUCACCAUUCAUAUAUGAUGUUUCCUACUAUAGAUGACAGCAUAUAUAAAUGAAGAUUAUUUUUUACUGGUUAAUGAAAUGAGAAAUUACUCUUUUGCUAAGUUUGGGUUAAACCUAUUUAACAUUCUUGGUAAUUGACUAUAUGAUGUCACCUCAAUGUGGUAAUCUUCCAUUUUGUUUAUAACUGAUACCUUGUCUUUUCUACGUAAAGGGUAAGUUUAUGUGUUUAUAUUUGGAACAUCCCAGAGAAGUAUAGAAGAGGUUAAAAUAUCUAUAAAAUAGAGUUUUCUUAUUUUCCAUUGGUGGGAAUUGUAGCUUUUGUUCUUUUGACUUGAAUAAAAAUUUUUAAAUUAUGAACAUGGCUUACUUAAAUCUAGAAAUAUAAAUGAUUCUGAUCUAAAGAUAA